AUGGGAAUUUUGUUUUCACGGGAAGAAAAGAAAUCGAAAAAGUUAAAGAAGGUUGUUCCUACUUCACCUGAAGCAAAGAAAAAGGGUUCAAAAACCUCUAAGUCUUCAAAGAAGCAAACUGAAAAUGUUGAAGUGACAAUUGAUGAAACAAAUGUGGUUGAGCCAAUGGUGGACGAAACUCAAGAGAAUAUUAUUAUUCCUUCGAAAACUGGGAUGUUUCAAAGAAUCAUGAUGAAGUCUACUCACAAACGAAAGUCAUCAUCACAGAAGCUGAAGAAGAAAUUGAAGAAGACUCGCAAGCUUGUUUUAUCUACUGAGUCUACAGAUGAAGAUGAACGAAUCCCAGAAACUCCAUAG